GCAACCUGAUAAGCUUCCCGCGGUGGCGCGCCCAUUGGCAACUGUAAUUUCAGCUCUCUCCUCCGCCGUCUGCACAAAAAUCGAAGAUGCUUGUCUGCCAGGGACAGUGCUACCGGCUGCAGUGUUAUGGGAACACAUUUACCAGUUCAACUACUCCUAAAGCUAAGAGAGCUUCAACUGCUAAUGCUACUAUAGUGAUGAUGGCGACUGAGAGAAGCGUGGUUACUCGGCAGAGGAGGACAAUGUCAGCGUUCGAAGCUCGUCUGUCUCUCGUUCUAGCUCUUGCUUCCCAGGCCUCUACUGUUUCUCAGCGCCGUAAAUUCGUGAUGGAUGUUGCGUCCGAAACGGCCAAGUAUGUAUUCCCAAAGAGAUUUGAAAGCCGGAAUUUGGAGGAAGCUCUGAUGUCAGUUCCAGAUCUCGAAACUGUGAAGUUUAGUGCUUUGAAGAGGACAGAUCAAUAUGAAAUCAGAGAAGUAGAGCCUUACUUUAUAGCAGUAGCAACAAUGCCUGGCAAGAGUGGAUUUGAUUUCAGUGGUGCAUCUCAAUCUUUCAAUGUGUUAGCUGAGUACCUUUUUGGGAAGAAUGCUGUCAGCGAAAAGAUGGAAAUGACUACUCCUGUUUUAACUCGAAUGGCUCAAUCAGAUGGGGAAAAGAUGGAAAUGACAACACCUGUAAUAACGAAGCAGGUGAGAGAUAAAGAGAAGUGGGAGAUGUCAUUUGUCAUGCCCUCAAAGUAUGGUUCCAACUUGCCAUUGCCUAAAGAUCCUUCUGUGAGAAUUGAAGAGGUCCCAAGCAAAACUGUUGCAGUGGCUGCUUUUUCAGGUUUUGUCACAGAUGAAGAGGUUAAAGUGAAGGAAUCAGCGCUUCGGGAUGCUUUAAGGGUUGACCCUGAAUUUCAAGUAAAAGAGGAUGCAUCAGUGGAAGUUGCACAAUACAAUCCACCAUUUACACUUCCAUUUAUGCGUCGCAAUGAGGUUGCACUGGAAGUUGAAAGGAAGCAAUAACAGUACCUGACGUGAAGUAAUUACAGAAAAUAAAAAAUAUAAUGAAUAUAUACACAGGAUUUUUUUUUUCUUUAGAAGUGAAAGCUUUUUUGUCAGUUGCUGGCUUGGUUGGGUAUGCAUGUAAAGUCAGAUGUUAAUAGAUUUCAAGUUUAGGUGUUUAGGCGUAAA